ACGCGUCACUCACGAUCAAAGUGGAGGUUCCGACCCUAAACCCGCCCUGUCACGUUGAAUAAAUAAAUAAAUUAUGUUAAGCAGGCGUAUGGCUGGAAAUAGCAUUGAUAAACCAAGGCAGCCAGCGGCUGUGUUAUGUUCCCGUUAAGACUGGGGAUGGUCCGAGCGCUCAGCAGACCCUAACAUAUCCGCGGAUACUCUAACUACGGCCAGCGUGUCUGUUCCAGAGGGUUGGGAACCAAAGCAGAGGACUUAAACCUUCACGUUCUUACUUCUUUUUCCAGUGAGAGUCCAAGUGAACAUUGCGACCGACGGGGAAAUCCAGAUAGAUUUUCUAUUUUAAAACAACAACAAAAAAACUCUUUCUCUCUCUGGAAAUAACUGGACGGCCAAUUCUCUUGGCGCAGCUUCCAUGUGCCCGGGAUUGUUACAGCGGGUCUGGGCUCGAUAAGGGUUGAGUGAAGUUGAACGAGUAUGGAAGGGUUUCCGAAGAGGACAGAAGAGACAGUGCGACCGGCUUUCCGAAGGACCUGUAAUGCAUCUCAGAUCUCCAAACGCUUGCGACACUGUCCAGACCUCCCUCGAGUCUUUUGCUGCCUCUUGUCAGUUGUAUCUCUGGGGGUGUGCAUUCUGGUACAUUACAGGACCUCGGAGCUCCAGACCCGCGUCUCGCAUUUGGAGGAAGAGAGGCAGGUUUACUCGGCUUGGUUCUCAAUGGACCAAAUGGAACCGGCUAUUUUUAACAGAGUGGAUCAACUACUGACAGAGAAACUGAAGGCGCAUUUGCCCAAGGUGAGAGCGGCCCGCGGGGUCCCUAGCGGCUGCACAUGUCCUCCAGGGCCACCAGGAGAAAAAGGAAGACAUGGUCGCAGAGGUACUACAGGGCCUGCUGGAUCUACAGGAAGAUCAGGUUUUCCGGGAAACAAAGGAUCCAUGGGCCUACCAGGGAGAAGGGGUCUAAAGGGGGAACCUGGUGACGAGGGAGCUCCAGGAGAUCCUGGCAUCUCAAUCAUUGGACCCCGUGGCCCUCCUGGUCAACCAGGAGCAAGAGGGUUCUCAGGAUAUCCGGGCCCUAUAGGGUUGGAUGGUAAAUCUGGAAAAGCUGGAUCUAAAGGUGACAUGGGCUCACCUGGUCCAAAAGGUGAAAAGGGAUACAUUGGUCUUAAAGGAGAAAAGGGUCUACAUGGUCCAAAAGGAGACAAGGGUCAUCGUGGAGAUUCAGCAUUGACUUUUACAACACCUCGACUGAAUAUACUACCACCUGCUGACCAGAUCAUCAGACGUCUCUAUCUCAAGGGUGAACAAGGACAAGCAAACUGCUCCCCAGGACCACCUGGACCUCCGGGCCCAAAAGGACCUCCAGGGGAUUCAGGAAAAUCAGGGACUGACGGUUUACCGGGAAAAUCCGGAGACGGUGGACAACCUGGAAGAGACGGAAUUAAGGGGCAACCAGGAUUGCAAGGAAAACCAGGAAUACCCGGGCUCCCAGGAAGAAAGGGUGAGGUUGGUGAAUUAGGGCUUCCUGGUCCAGCCGGAUUACCGGGAUCCGUGGGCCGAAAGGGAGACCAGGGAGAUGUCGGACAAAAGGGAGAUCCUGGCGAAAUGGGCCGGGCAGGCGAUAGAGGAGAAAAGGGAGAAUUUGGAAGACCUGGUAUCCCAGGAAAACCUGGAACAAAGGGUGCACUUAUUUCAACUGUUCCUGUGUUAAAGGGAGAGCCAGGGAAGACUGGACCACCUGGAGAGAAGGGGAAGCUAGGAGAAGCUGGUCCACGUGGCCUUCCCGGAAAGAGAGGGUUCAGGGGUGAAAGUGGCAUACCUGGGAUAGAAGGUGCCCCAGGGCAGAAAGGGGAAGGAGGAGAACCAGGAUCUGCUGCUGGUGGAAUUAAGGGUGAUUCAGGCCUGCCUGGACCUGUAGGCCCUCCAGGUCAGAAGGGUGAAUUGGGUGAACGAGGAGUUCAGGGCCUUCCAGGUGUGAAAGGUGAAGCAGGAAAAACUGAGAUAAUUGACUAUAAUGGUAACAUCAAUGAAGCACUCCAGGGACCUCCAGGAGUUCCAGGAAUGCCAGGUCUACCAGGCCAGAAGGGUGAAAUAGGCCUACCUGGACUUGAUGGAGAAAAGGGCCCCCGUGGGAAGCCAGGAGACUUUGGACCCUCAGGUCCGCAAGGGCCACUGGGACCCGAAGGAACCAAGGGCGAGUCAGGAAUUAUGGGAUUCCCCGGUCCCAAAGGAGCCAAAGGAGAUACCGGAAUGGUCGGAUCACCUGGUUUAGAUGGGCUCACAGGUGAAAAAGGAGAAAGGGGAGAGCCAGGAUUACAAGGCCCUCCUGGAUUGCCAGGCCCUGUUGGACUUCCAGGCUCAACUGUUAUUGGGCCACCAGGAAUACCUGGGCCUGAGGGCCCCCCAGGUCCAAAGGGUCCUCAUGGCUUUUCAGGGACAAAGGGCGAGCCUGGGUCAGAAGGCUUCAAAGGUGAUAGAGGUGAUCGAGGUCCCCUGGGACUGCCUGGUGCUUCUGGCUUAGAUGGACAGCCUGGACCACUGGGUGUACCAGGGCCAGCAGGACCAAAAGGAGAAAGGGGCGAUAAGGGAGACAUGGGAAUUUCAGGACCAAUAGGACCACGGGGAUUACCUGGUUCACUGGGACCAACGGGUGUAAAGGGAGGCCGGGGGGAGAAGGGAAAGAGAGGUGCUAAAGGGCCUAAAGGGGAUAAGGGAGACCAAGGAGUGCCUGGAUUAGAUGCACCUUGUCCAUUGGGUGAAGAUGGUUUACCUGUACAGGGCUGUUGGAAUAAAUGAUGAUGGUCUAACCUCAGAAUGGAGUGUGUACAUAGAAUAUUUAUUUUUAUACAGUUUUUUGCAAUUAUAAAUGUUACCUUUUUUUAAACUAAUUCAUAUUUUAAUAACACAUUUUGUAUAAAUGGUAUUAAAUCCUGUGUUGUCUACCAUUGUCUUUGUAUCUGUGUAUUCAUCUGCUAAUAUUGAGACAUAAUACUGCAGUUAUUAUUUGCAUGAUAUUCGUGCAUAAUAUAAGGAUCCACAGCUGCAUUGUAAUUUAUUGUAUUAUAUGAAGUGGGCUGCCCUUAACUGCAGACCUGGUUAUUUGAAGCCAUUGCCCCAAGCCACCAAUUGCAAACUGUAUGUAUUCCUGCCAGGGAUUUAUUUGUGUCUAAAAACAAAGUACUGGAGGAACUCCGCAGGUCAGGCAGCAUCUUUCGAGGGAAUCCGCAGACCAGAAUCUUUCUUCAGAGUAGUCCUUCAGGCUGAAGAAAGAUCCUAACCUGAAACGUUGUCUGUCUAAUUACUUCCACAGAUUCUGUCUCACACUCCGAGUUCCUCCGGCAUUUUGUUUAUUGUUCGAUUCCAGCAUCUGCAGUUUCUUGUGCCUCCAUUUAUUUGUGUUUUUUCUGCUGAUAUAACACAAUGUGUGUUAACCCCAAUAUAAGCUAAACAAUUCAAUUCAAUUACUUCAGCAGAGGCAGCUGAUAAUAAAAAUUGGGAAGGGAGGGAUGCGUUCCUUUUUUUAUUUUUGUAGGUGAAUCUGUAUCAAAUAAUUAUAUGUCCUAACCAGGGCGAACAAUAUUAAGGAAUGCUAAACUGUUGUCUCAGCAUUUUCAAGCCAGCCAUGGUUGAUGUUUACAUGUUGUAUUAAGCUUCAGCUCCUAGAAAAACACUUAAGUGUUAUUACAGUUCUUGACUGAUAGCAACUCUUAUUAAUGGUUGUAUGGUGACGAAUAAACUGAUUGUGAUAACAGCUGAAAGUACAGCCUUUUUUUGCUGAAGUUGACUUUAUGAUUGGGAAUAGCAGAAGGCACAAAUAAAGAUGUCAUUUGACAUGGCCCACAAGAAUAAGGCUUGCUGUUUGUUUUCAACUAAUUGCAUGAUCCAGAGGAAUUUCCUUAACCAUGUGUACAAGCCUUUAGAUACUCUAAAGUUUGGAAGAUAUAUGUAUAUACUGUUACAAGAUGAUGCCGUACAUCUGCUAUCCGCUUUACUGCCGGUAAAACAAAUUCAGCCUUGAGCAAUUUCUAGUCCACAGAGACACUGCUAUCAAAUGUGUUUUGCAUCAAUUUUCUGAGAAUCACAAAGCAACAAUUCACAAAAAUAGAGAGCAUUUGUUGGGUUUUUUCCUGUCCUGGAUCUUUGAUAGAAAUGUUUCAAUUAAAUCUACCCUCAUCCCGCUCUUUUCCCAUACCCCAACAGAUCUUUUUCAAUCAAUAAUCCAAUUCCCUUAUUGAAUCAACUUCCACUGGCAUUGGGAAUUCCAGUGGAACAACUAUCUGAUGUAGAAAUAAUGUUGUCACUCCUUCACUGCCACUUCAUCAAUACCCAGAAACGCGCUUCCUAAAAACGUUGACAACACAUUCACCAUGCAAACUGCAGCAGUUCAAAAAGGUGCUGCCAUAACGUUCAUAAUCGUGGCAGUCUUUCAAUAGGAAUGCUUCACCUUUCAUAUGCUGGCUGUAUCUGACCAUCUAAAGAUCUCCAAAGAGAGACAUGCAGUACAUUGCUUGUUGAAUUGAGGGAACUGUGGAAAAUCAUUAUCAGGGUAUCUUCAAUGUUCUCACCCUCUUCCUUUACUCCCUGGAGGGAAGCCAUCUGAUCCUAAGAUGAAGGGCUAAGAUGUGAUUGUAGAUUGUAGCAGUACUAAUGCUACAGAGAGGUACAGCACAGAAACAAGUUCUUCAGCCCAUCAAGUCCAUGCCAACCAUUAACCAUCCAUUUACCCUAAACCUACAUCAAUCCCAUUUUCCGUACCAUCCUCAACAGCUUUCCCCAGAUUUUGUCACUCACCUACACACUAGGAACAUUUUUUAGUGGCCAAUUAACUUACCAAUGUGCACAUCUUUGAGAUGUGGGAGGAAAUUAGAGCAGGAAACCCCAAAUUGGCAUAAGGAGAAUAUUUAAACUCCACACAGACAACAACCAAGGUCAGAAUUGAAGCCAGAUCUCUGUCACUUCACAGUGAGGCAGCAGCACUAUCAGCUGCACGUAAACACCAGGAUCCAUACAUUUGUUUAUUAACUAAUGUCCCACAGACAAGCAAAUCAGCCAACAGACUGGUGAAAUGUUAAACCUUUUUUUUAAAAUAUGUGCGCAACCAGUUAGAAAACCCAAGUCUCUAAUCUGAACACAGUGAGGUACAUGUAUGUUUCUACUCCUGAAACUACAUGAGGAAUCAGUGGACUUUGCUCAUGACUGGCGCUUGAAGUGACAAAUUCUGAACGAUGUAUUUACCUACUACCAGGGUCAAACUCCGUGGCUAAAUGUUAAAAAGUAAUGAAUUUGGCCAAAGCUGGAAUGAUUUGAAAAGGGCUACAGAGCGACGUUCCACGACUCCUUGUCGAAAACAAGAGCUUGACGCAAAAAUAAUGGAGGAACACAUGCUGGAAGUUACAGAGUUACAGAAUGGGACAUCUGCUGCGUAGUGGUCAUUUGUGUACCGUAGUCGCUGAAAUCUGUGGCUGAGCCACCUUCUUCCUUGUACAUCAGGCGGGAUGUGAAAAAGCAACAAAAUAUCCAUGUGCAUUUUGACUGUGGGACUCGAAGGUCAGUUUUACGGAACCAGAUCUUUUGCACAGGAAUGGUCUGCUGAGCAGUUUCUUUUGAUAAACAUAUAUAUUUUUGGUAGACCUUUACCUAGAAGGUCACAGUCACUGUGGAUUUAUUUUUUCUCUUUCUACUGAAAAAGGAAGAGAUAACUACACUGCCAAGUAUGAAAAUGAUUCCUUUUUAACAGAUGUGCUUUUGGGAACUGGCCAGAACUGCUGGCAGUUUUCAUCUUUUAUUAUGGUGAUAUUUCAAUGACUUAGUAUAGUUCAUUUAAAUAAGUAAUUGGUAUCAUCUCCUUUCUUUGAAUCAAAACUUGUUUUGUUACUUUUCCUGCAUUUGUGAAUGAUUUUUUUUAUUAUGGAGGGAGGGUGUUACUUCCCAUUCACCCAGAGGAUCCAUGAUCCGUUUCUCAGACAACUGCAUUUAGAUUUUUUAAAAUUAUUUUUUCUAACUUUACAUGCAAAGAGCUUGUAAAGUUAGAGCUCUGUCAACCACACACAAACUAGACCAGUGCAACAAAUGGCUAAAUCCCUAUGUUUAGGCUUUAAGAUGCUUUAAUUAUGCUUCUCAUGCCGAUCUAGUGUUGGAAGCCAUCAGUUUAAGUGAAGUGCAAUUGGUCUGCAGAGCAAUAAUUUCAAUUUUUACGGCCUAUUAAAAUCAUACUUUGAAACCAAAUGCAUGCUUGACAACAUUGUUACUUUUAAACAAUUGAGAUCCAUAUGACACCGGCCUUUUUAAUAUGGCCACAUGAAUCAUCCAUUCAUUCCUAUCCAAGCAAUCCUUUUAGUUUUUGUAAGCCAUAGUGUUAUUGAGGAUAAUGAGAUUCCAUUUUGCUGUAAUUCUUGAUGCAAAGCGGAAGGAGGCCAUUCAACUGAUAAUGCACGUGCCAGCUCAUUAGCAGAGCUAAUCAGUCUAGCUUCUAUCAAACCAAUGCCUUCGCAACUGGUGCUAUUGUCUGAACAUACUUUUCCACUGCUUUGGUUCCAGCCAAUUGCUUGGUUAAAUUUACACUUGGUUAAAUAAACUUACUGCACAUGCAAAUUAAGGAGGGGAUAAAAAAAACUUUUGAAGAGUUGUAAAAAUUACUUUUAAGUUUUUCUAAUGAAUGAAUCUUAGCAAAAAAUAUGUUCUGACUUCUGAAAAUGUGACUUUUUUUUGAUCCACAACAUUUUCUAAUCCUUGCAUUCUGAAAAAAGUUUGCAAUCUUGUCACUUUUUUUGUCAGCUUCUGUUUUACUCCAAGUAUCUUUGCUACAGGAGUUAUUUGCUACAGUCAUUACAAAGCUACAGAAGCGAUAUGUACUAUUGUAUUCAUUUUUAAUGGUCAGUUUUAAUGCAACAUUCAAUUUUGCAUUCAUAUUGCAUAAGUUAUUUUGAUGCUUUUGAAUCAACUUGUUGAAGUGUAUGCAUUAGCAAUCACAGAAAGCCAUUUACAAACUUUUUAUAUCAGGAUUUGUUUUUGUAGCAUAAGAUGUAUGAUACUAUAAAAAAAACUUGUAAAUUAACUUGUAUUAUAUUUUUUGAGUUUAUUACAUUGAAGGAGAUCAGUAAAUAUGACUCCAAUUUCCAGUUUUUUUUUGUUGAAGCGCUAGACAUCUGUUUACUGACAGAGUCUAUUUGCAGGCUGUUCACACGUACUAAUUGCAUGCAGAAACUUUGAUUGUAUAAACAUCUACUUUUUAAGAAAUAUAUUUUUCAAAAAAAAAUCAAAUGGAUAUUGUACUUUACCUGUGCAUUUAGUGCAGUUAACUUUACCACUGCAUGUGGGAUUCUGCUCUGAAAACAUCAUUUAUUUUACCCGGUGAAAUUGUAAAGGGUUUGAAUAAUAUGUGGUUUCUGACAACAUUUGGCUUAUCAUUUUUGUCUGUUAUAUCUGCUGUACAGAACAUAAAACUUUUAAAAUGAAA